AUGGCAGCGGCGAAGAGCGUCGACUUCCCCGCCGGCGUCAACGGCGGCUCGGCAACGAACCCAGCCAAUGACGGCGAGGGCCGCCGCCGAGACAUCGAGGCCGGCGGCGGGUGGGCGAGCAUGCCGGCUCCGACGACGACGGCGGCGGCGGAGACACAAAGGCCGCCGAGGGAGCAGCGCCUGGUCUCGCUGGAUGUCUUCAGAGGCAUCACCGUCGUGCUUAUGAUACUUGUGGACGAUGUUGGUGGCCUUGUCCCAGCCUUCAGCCACUCUCCGUGGGACGGCGUCACACUAGCAGACUUUGUGUUCCCCUUCUUCCUCUUCAUUGUUGGAGUCUCAUUGGCCUUUGCAUACAAGAGAGUGCCAAACAAAACCCUGGCAACCAAGAAGGCUCUGAUCCGGGCUUCAAAGCUCUUCCUUCUAGGUCUGCUACUGCAAGGUGGCUACUUCCACACCAUCCACGAUCUUAGCUAUGGAGUCGAUCUUCGCAAAAUACGGUUAAUGGGCAUUCUUCAGAGAAUUGCAAUAGCCUACUUUGCAGUGGCACUAUGCGAAAUAUGGCUACGAGGUGGUGCAAGUGAUGACAAUGGAGCCGGCGGCUAUGCCUUGAUCAGAAGAUACCGUCAUCAGCUGUUUGUGGGUUUGGUUCUCACAGUCACCUACAUGGCGCUUUUGUAUGGCAUGUAUGUGCCAGACUGGAAAUAUAUGGUCACGUCUACAGAUACCACCUUGAAGCAGUUUAUGGUGAAAUGUGCGGUGAGGGGUGAUACAGGGCCUGGCUGCAAUGCCGUUGGCAUGAUCGAUCGACGUGUUCUUGGAAUCCAACAUCUCUACACACACCCGGUUUAUCUCAAAACAGAGCAAUGCAGCAUCAACUCCCCUCGAAAUGGGCCGCUUCCAUCAGAUGCUCCAACAUGGUGUGAAGCCCCCUUUGAUCCUGAGGGCCUGCUCAGUUCCGUGAUGGCAAUUGUGACCUGCUUGAUUGGCCUCCAGAUUGGCCAUAUCAUUGUGCACUUCAAGGAGCAUGGUAAAAGAAUAGUACGGUGGUCGAUUCCAUCGCUAAGCUUGCUGAUUCUUGGCUUCUCACUUGACUUGUUUGGCAUCCACAUGAACAAAUCGUUGUAUAGUCUGAGCUACACCUGCGUUACCACGGGCACAGCGGGCCUCUUCUUUGCAGGAAUCUAUUUGCUGGUUGGUGACAAUAACUUUAUUUUCUAA